UAAAUUCUGUAACAGCGUACACGGUUUAAUUCUCUAUUGGAAAUCUAGAAAUACGACAAUAAAGACGUAACUUUUAAACUUCUUCUCAGCAUCUAUUUCAUUUCAAAUUGUUUGUUGUGCUUAAGCGCUUGUGAGGUGUUAAAUAUCAAGUGAAAAUAUUCAAAUAAUUUAGGUAAAAAUGUCGACCAACUUUCAAGUCGGAUUUAUCUCACAAAAGAAUUCUUCAAAAGUUUUGAAACCUCCAGGUGGUGGAAGUAGUGAUAUCUUCUCAGGAGAUGUUCAAACUACUCCUCGUUCCAUCAAAAACCACAUGAAAUCGAACAUUUUUUCAGCACCAUCACCAACAAAUAAGAACGGAGACGCACGUCGUCAACACGUCGACUCUCAUAAUCGUUUGUUUGGAGAUGUUGAUCGUAUGUCAACACCAGCUAAGAAUCACUUUAAAAGCAGUAUUCCAAUUGGCGGUGAAGAGGGUGUAGAUGGAUCAACAAAGCAUUCAAAUGGUGGCCACUUUGAUCAAGAAAAUGGAAUGAAUGGAAAACAUGCAGUCCAAAUGUCUUCAAAAUCUGAUAUUAGCAAAUCAUCAAUCUCUGAAAAUGGAUCUACAAAUCAUCAAAUAUUGAAAAAUCGCGUUCCACCAGGUGGAUUUGCUUCUGCUUUGUGGUAAUUAUUUAAAUGACUUAAGCAUAAAAUGAUUUUAACAAACUUAGAUUCACGAAAAAAAAGGAAGGCAGGCAGAAAAAAAAUUUAAUGCAUUGAUUACUAAUUUUAUGGAAUCGUGAAAAUUUCUUUUGAAACAACUUUCACAUCAGAUGAAUAAUGGUUAAU